AUGAGAGGCCGUAAUACAACCUCCACUUUAGUAAACAAAAAGUCUUUGUUGCUAGGAUCAAGCUGAAAGGCCGCUUCUGAUUGGUCAAAAUCACUUUGCGCAUGCCCAGUUCGAAAUUUUCAUCCACUUCCGUUUUUCAACAUGGACAGAGAAAUUGCAACUUUACUGAAUUUAAACACCAAUGAUUCCACUAAUUUGUCUGAAUUAGUGAAUGAUUUCUUUGGAGAAUCAUGGGAAGAUGACAAGGAAAGUAUUGAAAAGGAUUUGAGUGAAGAAGAUGGGUCAGAUGAGGAUGAAUUUGAUCAAACUGUGGCUCCUUUCGAUUCGGUCAUGCAAAAUGAUGAUGCAGUGCAAUGCUAUACUGAUCACAGUCCUGAGAGUAUCGACAGUGUUGAAUGUGAAAAGGCCACAAAAUAUAGCUGUGACUGCCAGUAUAAUGAUGGACAGCCAUGUUAUAGACGUUACACCCCUGAGGAAAUGAUUAGACGAAGAAUGGACAUGAGAGAAUUGACACCUAGAGAUCAAAUGCUUAUCCUCCUUGGAAAGCUUUCAACAAAUAUCAAUCUAUCAGGCAUAACUUCCAACUCUAAGAGAAAAGAACAAACACCACGAAAAACUGGUCAGAGAAUGACGUACUGGCUCGAAAGUCGACAGAUUUGUCGUGAAACUUUCAAAUUCUUGCAUGGGUAAGUAAUGACUGUCAGUGUCAAAAUUGUCAUUAGGCUAUUCUAAAGGCAU